AUGGGUGGCGGCGGUGAAAAGCUCCCCGGCCAAUAUAUGGGAUGGUGGGGCAGUCUAGGCUCUCCCGCCCAAAAAGGCAUUACCAGCUACGCCCUUUCUGCCAACCAGCAGCGCCCGCUUGCCGGCACCCUCCACACUGCUAUCUUCAAUACCGCCCGUCGCACCCGCUACCAGAUUCUGUACUGGGCGCCUCCGCUGAUUGUCGCGUACUCGACCAUGGUGUGGGCUAUUGAGAGGAACGAGUACCUAAACUCCAAACCCGGCCGAGCGGAGUUUGCCGAAUCCGAAGAAUAGAGGCGUCGGAGCGAUGAGGCAGCAAAGGGAGAAGACUAUGAUUGGAAUCUUGGGAGGGUGCAGACAGUGUAUAUUACAGCGGAGUGCCAAUAGACCGUUCUGUGUAACAAUGACGAGACAAUCGAUUUCUGGCGUGAUGAGCUAGCCAUGCCUCGAGGUGAUGCACAUGGAACACCAGCACCCUUGCAAAGAACCGAACCUAGAAAAACCUGCUAGAAGAGACGUAUAAUAAAAACAGAUCAAAACCAGGCCACAACAUCUAAAUACCG